UGGUCACACUGGCUGGCAGAAGAAAAUAAAACAACUGGUAAAAAGCAUCCGCAAAUGUUUUCCACUGCAGCUCUCCGCGUUUAAUUAAAACCGUCUGUGAGCGUUUUGGAAUGCUGAAUGUGUUUCGCCAGCAGUAUAAUCGAAGCGCACAGGAAGUUAUUUAUAGCGCCGCCGGAUUUGGAUCAUCCCGAUCCAGCCACGCCCACGAUUUCGACCAGAACCAAGAUGCCGAGGGGCAAAUCCCGCCUGCAGACCGAAGUCUGCGGCGAUUGUGGAGCCGGUGAUCCCUCCUGGGCGAGCAUCAAUCGCGGGAUCCUCCUCUGCGCCGACUGCUGCUCCGUUCACCGCAGCCUGGGCCGGCACAUCUCGAUUGUGAAGUCGCUGCGCCAGGGAAACUGGGAGCCCUCGGUUCUCAACUUCGUCAACUCCCUGAAUGCCCACGGGGCCAACAGCGUUUGGGAGCACCAUCUGCUGGACGGCAGCAGUGGCUCGGCGGGCGGAAAGCACCUGCCCCGCUGGCGAAAGCCGUCGCCCAAGGAUGCCCUGCAUCCUACCAAAUCCGACUUCAUCAAGGCCAAGCACGUGAACCUAACGUUCGUGCUCAAGCCAAGUCUGCAGGACGAUGACGACGGCAGUGGAUCCGUGGGCAGUCUGGAACAGGAGCUGAGCAGGCAACUCCAUGCCAGCGUGAGGACCAGCAAUCUGGAGACCUCGCUGCGCUUCCUGGUUCAGGGAGCAGACCCCAAUUACUAUCACGAGGACAAGCUCUCCACGCCCCUCCACAUGGCAGCCAAGUUCGGCCAGGCAUCGCAAAUCGAGAUGCUGCUCAUCUAUGGAGCCGAUGUGAACGCGCUGGAUGGCAAUGGGAUGACUCCGCUGGAGCUGGCUAGGGCCAACAAUCAUAAUACCAUCGCUGAGCGACUGCUGGAGGCCAUGUACGAUGUCACCGACAGGAUCAUCACCUUCUUGGGCGGCAAGAAGCCAGAUCAUGCGAGUGGACGCCACAUGAUUAUACCGGAUGCCAAUGGCGCCGACAUAAGCGAGCAGCUGAAGAUUGCCCGCGGAAAGCUACAACUCGUGCCAAAUAAGAUGUUCGAGGAACUGGUCAUGGACCUUUACGACGAGGUAGACAGACGAGAGUGCGAAGCUAUCUGGUCGACGAGCACCCUGAAUGCAGAUCAUGCAACUGUGCCAUUUUUGCCGGCUAAUCCAUUUUUGAGCGCCACGCGCAAUCAGGGUCGACAGAAAUUGGCACGCUUCAAUCGCGCCGAGUUCACUGGUCUGUUGACCGAUGUGCUCGUCGACGCUAUGCGACGGCAGAACAUGGCCAACCUGCGUCCACUGGAUGCACCCUUGCCCGGGCAUCAGUCACUGCAAUCGCUGCCGUAUGCCAACAACUCAAUGUUUGAGCAGGGCGGUCAUGAUCCGAAUCUGUCCGACGACGAGCCCAUCUACGAUCCGGUGGCCAGCGAUGAUGACUACGCGCCAGUGCCACCAAUGGCCCAGCAGGCCAUUGUGCAUACCCCACCGCGCAAUGCCAAUUCGCACAACGAAAUGGAAACGCUGCGCAAACAGCUCAGCGAUUACAAGUCGGAGAUCAAUCAGCUGAAGAACGUGGUGCAGAUGCUGUCCAGCGAGAACUCGCAGCUCAAGUCGAAGUUCUCGAGCGCCUCCAACAACAGCGUCUACGACGAGCCACUUCGCAUUGAUCUGAGCCUGAGCAGUCCCGAUACGGAGCACGAGCCUCUGUCGCUGCCUGAAGGUGGGUCUGCCAAUGUGGAAAGCGGCUCCUCCAAUGACUCCUCAAACCAGUCGACCAUCAAGCGCCCAGCCAGCAUGUACGAACGCCGUCUGGUGCCCAACGUGGCCAAGGGUCACACCGAUAUUCGGAAUACGACCAGCAUGUACCAAAUGGCUGGCGAUGGGAAGCCUUUUGGUGAGGAGGUCAAGGUGCGCUCUGAUCUGGUCACUCGCUGUCUAAAGGAGCUCAUAAGGGCAAUGCAGCCCGUGCCGGAGGAUCAGAAGCAGUCGAUUGCCCCACAUGGAGAGCUCAUCCGCAGCGCCGUGACUGAUUUAAUUGCUCUAUAUGCCAAUUUGCCACCCAAUGCCAGCGACCCGACCCGCGAGACCCUUAAGCUGCUGACCCGCCAGAACAUUCUCAUCCAACACGAGUGCGAGAAUCUGCAAAAGGCCAUCGAGGCCGAUGACAAGCAGGCCAUACAGAAAAACACCUUGGAGGUGCGCGACUGCGCCUUCCACAUCGCCAGUGCCAUAAAGACCUUGGUGUUGCAGUUCUAUUGAGGCGGCCAAAAUACAAUCGACCUAGAAGUUUAACUUACCCCCAUUGAAGUAUUAACCAACCACCUUAGUGCCCCGCUGACUAACAAACGUGCUUCCGCCAAAUAAUUAAAAGUGUCCCCUUUACAUAUAGUUUAUGUAUUUAAUAAAUGUUUACAUAAAUCAA